AUGUUCCGCGGUGGCACGCGUGGCGGUGCAUCGUUCGCCGCGCUUCUGCUGCAACAGAAGCAACAGCAGCAGGCGCGAAAGCGGGAGUCGUGGGAAUAUACGCCGACGCCAGAGCACAAGAGUCUCGUGCUGCUGCUGUAUCGUAACAUCCUCAAGGGCCUGAUGAACUUCAAGAGCGUACGACGACGGAGCAUGAUUGCGUACUGCCGCUUCGCCUUCCGCCGCCGUGCGCAGGCAACGGAGAAGCUGCUCAUCGAUGAGUGCAUUGAGGAGGCGCGGCGCGCCAUCUACGUGCUGGAGAAGCAUCACAACUUCACUCGCACGCGCACGUACGAGUACGACAGCAUGGGCAUCCCGAAGGAUACUGGGCAGGACGUGCAAACAUACAUGGAGGAGGUGUACGACCCAGAGGUGAGCCGGCAGCAGUUCCAGCACUUCCAGGACGUGCAGCCGGGGCGCGAGUACCUGCACCAGCAGCGUGGACUCGGACCGACGAGCGGCAGGCACCACUGGCAGGAACAGACGAGCUCGGCCGGCUACAAAGUGGAGAUCCGUGAGGAGGACAAGGCGCUGCGCCCGCCGCCACCGCCAUCAAUGGAGUAG